AUGGACGAAAUAAAAUCCUCGAAGAUCCCAGAAGUCCUCACUCUAUAUGCCAUCCACUGCCUACUACCCGCAACCCUGCUGCUGGCAACACCAAAGCGAUCAACCCUCCGCUACCUCUCAAUUCCAUGCUCAAUAUGGAUUGCCUACAGAGCCAUAAACCUAGCAGCAGAACUAGGUCCUGGCUUUAUAUGGUGUGAAUUCGCACGUCUGACAUUGUCAAUCGUCCUCCAAUCUUUCAAUUGGUUACUCCUCAACCCGAAAGAUGUCAAUGAUCUACCCGUCGAAGCUGGCCACGGCGUCUCGCGUCUUUAUUAUGUUGUUCGGCUCUUUUAUCAGCCGAGGGGGAUUCGUACCCCCUGGCAGAUUAAAAAUGCGCCACAGCAACCGGCUUAUUAUCAACGCAGGGGUCUGAAGGAGCCCUCGCGAGGUCGCUUCUUGGUUCGUCAGUCAGUUAUUGCUGUUUGGCAGUAUCUGGCGCUGGAUCUUUUUGCUACACUUGCUUUGCAGCAGGCGUUAGAGCAAGAGAAACAUGGGGCUUUGCCAUCGGUGGUUCAAUGGGGUUUGUCUGUUGAGCAAUGGAUUGAACGGCUCAUUUCGAAUCUCGUGGCUGGGUUUGUCGUCAGUCGUAUUCUCAUUGACUUCCACCAUCGGGCUUUUUCUAUAAUUGUUGUUGGACUUGGAAUUGACUCGCCAUCUAAUUGUCCGCCCUUGUUUGGAAAGGCUGGGGAUGCUGAUACAAUGCGAGGGUUUUGGGCGAAAUUUUGGCAUCAGUUGCUACAACAACCCCUUACCUCCAUGGGUACUUCCAUCACCCGCGACCUACUAGGUCUACCAUCCAGGUCACUGUUAGAACGCUAUACGAACGUAUUCGUCGUGUUCUUCCUCUCAGGAGGACUUCAUGUUGUCCUUGAUUUCGUGCAAGGAAUUCCAAUGCAGGAAUCCGGGGCCAUAUUAUUCUUCGUUACGGCUCCAGUAGGACUCCUGAUUGAAGAUGGGAUCAAGGCACUUUGGAAAUCUCUGAAUCCACCAGACAAAAGUGUGCCUCGGCCGAUGUGGCAGAGAACUCUUGGUCUUCUCUGGGCUAUGGCUUGGUUGGGUGUUACAUCGACUUGGUACUUCUAUCCGCAGAUGUUGAGGCCGCAAAAUCAGGCACUGGUUCCCUUGACCUUGGCAAAUCAGGUGUCGCUUCCUAUGUUGGCAGGGAUUGUGCUCGUUGGCGGUGCUGUGAUAGCAUUCGUUUUCGAGGUUGAGGUAUAA